UAAGAACCACUCACCUGCUGGCCAUCUCUCCAGGUCUGGAGCCAGAGAAAAUGAUCUGAAGUUACAGCAGAAGAAAUUGAGGUGUAUGAAAAAUAAUUUCAAGUUUGACAAAUACAAGGAAACUGCAGGGUCCAUGUGAAAGCUGAUAAGCUAUUUCUGAAACUUGUGCAGAAUUGUGGUUUGUGUGGUCUAUGUCAUGGCAUCCUUGACGGGGAGCGGGCAAUUGCCUGAAGUUAGAGGCUGUGUCCUGUUCUCCAGGCUGCUCCAGGGCUGCCUCCUUCCAACCGGGCCUUCUUAUCUGGGACUAUUGAGGCCACAGGCCUUCCGAAGACCAGUGAGGAAGGAGGCUCUGCAGACAAGAGGCAGGCAGGAGGCUGGCAGGGUGGGGACACGGCCAUGAUCCCUUUGCAUAAGGACACCCAGGAGGAGGGUGUCUGCCCCAUCUGCCAGGAGAGCCUGAAGGAGGCCAUGAGCACCAAAUGUGGACAUCUCUUCUGUCGAGUGUGCCUGAAACAGCACGUGGAGAAGGCCUCAGCCUCCGGGGUCAUCUGCUGCCCCCUCUGCCGGACGCCCUGUUCCGAGGAGGUGCUGGGAACAGGUUAUAUCUGCCUCAACCACCAGAAGAGGGUGUGCAGGUUCUGUGAGGAGAGUAGACUUCUUCUAUGUGUGGAAUGCCUGGUGUCCCCUGAACACACAUCUCAUCGUGAGCUGACCAUCGAAAAUGCCCUCAGUCACUACAAGGAACGACUCAACCGCCGGAGCAGGAAGCUCAGAAAAGACAUCGCUGAACUUCAGCGGCUCAAGGAUCAGGAGGAGGAGAAACUGCAGGCUCCGCUGUUUCAGGUAGACCAUCAGAACCACAGGCUGCAGGCUAAGCUGGAGAGCCAGCACCAAACUAGGGAACAGCUGGAUGCCCUCCCUCAGCAGCGGCCGGGCCAGCUGGAGCACAUGCCAACGGAAGUGGCCAGAAUCUCCAAAGCAGUAACUGAGCUCAGCAGCCUGGUCAUUGAUCUGGAGAGGAUGGCCAAGGAGUUAGACACCAACACCCUGAAGAAUGCCGGUGACUUACUGAACAGGAGUGCUCCGCAGAAACUAGAGGUUAUUUAUCCCCAGUUGGGGAAAAGAGUCAAUGAAUUGCUUCUUCAGCCAUCCUCAGAAGCUCUGACCUGUUCAUCUCUGGGACACCUCACUUCAGGCUCACCUCAGCCUCCUCUUUCUCCUUCCUCCAACCUGUCCAGGCCCCCAUUAGGUCUACCCAGUGCAUCUUCAGGCCUGCCAGCUCCUGAACAUGUCCCCGUUUCCACAUGCCCACAGUCAUCACCUGAUGCCUGACACUCUGACUCUUGGAUGACAGCCAGCCUCCUUCCAGGACAGGCUGAUGCUUGUGGCUGCCAGUGCAGAGGUCAGGGUCCACGGUCUCCAGGACUAUUUUUGAGAUCUCCGUUUGCCUGUGAACUGAUGGUAGUGCCCUUCUUUCGCUAUCUCAUUCAAGUAGGAUCCUCCAAGGAUCUGGAUGACCCGAGCUCACCAGUGAUGACCGCAUCUCACAUAUGGAGCCCAGCUGAGCUCCUGCAGUACUUAUUGUAUGUACCACUUGCCUGGCAUUUAUUCAUUAUUGUUGUGGAAGAUAAACUCAAAGACAGCCCCCCUUGGUGAUCCUCACCUCUUGGUAUUAAUGCCCUUGUGUGGUACCCUUUCCUUGAAUGUGAGUGGGAUCUGUGACUUGUUUCUAAUCAAUGGAAUAUGGCAAAGGUGAUAGAGUGUCACUCUGGUAACUGUGUUCAUUGUAUAAGACUCCUCCUCGUUGGCCGAUGCACUUGGAGCCCCUCCUAGGAGCCAAGAGCAGCCUCCAGCCAACAAGAAGCAGAGGCCCUCCGUCUUGUGGCUGCAAGAACUUGAAUUCUGCCAACAACCUGAGUGACCUUGGAAGCAGAUUCUUCCCCAGCUGAGCCAGAUGAGAACCCAGUUCAGCCAACACCUUGAUAACAGUCUUGUGAGUCCCUAAGCUGAGGACCCAGCAAAGCUGUGCCAAAAUUUCUGACUCACAGAAACUGUGAGACAAAAACUGUAUAUGGUUU